UGAAAUCGUAGAAAAUAAAAGUGGGAUUUUGUAAUUUUGUUUUAAAAUAAAACAUUACCAAAUAAUUUAAAGUUAUCGCGUGUUAUUAAACACUAAUUUUUAAGUACAUAAAUCAUAAUAAUAAUAAAGUUAAUUAAGAUAAAAUUUCAUGUUAAUAAAAUAAAGUCUAGAUAAAAUUUAAAAAUAAAUAUGAUAAAUAUAAAUGUCAUUUAAAUUUACCGGUUCCAUAAUAAAAAUUAUCACUUUGUUUUAUUGUUGUUUAUUAAUAUAAUUAUAAUUAUAAUUAACAAAAUCCAUUUUUUAUUAAUUAACAUCAUGAAUAAUUUAUUGACCACGAGAUUUAUUUACUGGCACGCGGUUUGUCGGCAGAAAAUUAAUAAGCAGCAAUUAUUUAUUGCCAGUAGAUUAAUGAGCGCAAAAGAUUCAAGUUCUUCGGAUUCAUCAGAUUCAGAUAAAAUUCAAAAUAAAAGAAUAGAUAAAAUAAAAAAUAAAAAACCUGUUGAAAGAAAGGAAGAAGAUAAACAACAAACUCUUGAUUUAUUGAAUAGUUUGUUGACCAAAAUGACAGAGGAACCGCCAAAAACAAAAACUAUUCGAGCGAUUCCGAAAAAAGAACCACGACCUAAGCCACCAAAAGAACCAGAAUUAGAAGAAAAAAUUAUAGACGCAGCUAAAGAGGCUGCAGCGGUUCUAGGAGGUGAUAAAGCUAAAACUGAAGCUGAACUACUGGAUAAAGUAUUUUCAGCUGGUAAACCAACAGUGGCAAUACAAGAACCAGAUGCCGGAAAACCAACUAAACCUUCAGAUAUGUCUCUAGAGGAAUUAUUUGCUGGAAUGAAAAUAGAGCGAAAGCCAAGCGUAUCCAGUUCAUCAGAGUAUGAAUUACUUUCUAGGUCAUUAAGAGUUCAGAAAUUAUUGAGGAAACCGAAACUUACGGGAGUGCUUACUGCAAUGACUCGAAGCCGUCGUCCAGAUCAGCCUGUUAACUUGUACGGAGGUAAUCGCUUAAACAUUUUUGAUCCUGUAAAAAAAACUGCGCCUGAGGAUUCUCAAAUGUUAAACAGAUGGAAAUCAUUAGAAAAAAAAGAAUUAAAAUUGAUGUUGGUUCAUCCACCUGAAAAUGUCUUUGAAGAAAUGAUUCAGUGGACAGAGAAAGGAAUCCUAUGGAAAUUUCCUAUCAACAAUGAAAUAGAAAUGGAAGAAGAAGAAAGUGUUCAUUUUUCGGAGCACGUAUUUUUGGAACGUUACUUACAAGGUUGGUGUCCCAAAAAGGGACCGAUUCGUCAUUUCAUGGACCUGGUUUGUAUUGGUCUUUCAAAAAAUCCAUAUAUGACUGUUCAAGAAAAGAAGAAUCAUAUUUUUUGGUAUAAAGCCUACUUUGGCGAGAGCCAAGAGUUAUUGAAAGAACUUGGAGCUAUUGAUAAAGAAAUUAUUCCUGAUAAAACAAAGCAAAUUCAACCACAAUAACAUUGAUGUAAAUAUUUGAAUAAUUGAUUAUUAUAAAUUUAAAUAAUAAUAAGAUUUAUCACUGCUUAGAUAUUUGUAAUUUAAAAAAAGUUGAGUAAAAGAAAAAAAAAAUGAAACUGU